AUGUCGCACCGUACGGCUCCUUCCGCCUCCGCCCGCGUCGUCCGGGCGUCGCAUCGUUCGGCGUCGAGCGCGGCGUCGAAGCAAUCGUCCGCGCGCGCGAAGCGUCCUCGCUCGAGCGCUCAAUCGUCCGCGAACGCGCGCCGCGGCGUCGUCGCGCAGAGCGCGAACGGUGAUCUGGAUCCGCUGAUGCUCCGCGCGAUCAGAGGCGAGGACGUCGAGCGUCCACCGAUCUGGAUGAUGCGCCAAGCCGGGAGAUACAUGAAGGUGUAUCAGGACCUGUGCAAGCGGCACACGACGUUCCGAGAGCGAAGCGAGACGGUGGAUCUCGCGGUGGAGAUCUCUCUGCAGCCGUAUCGAGCGUUUAAACCGGACGGCGUUAUUUUGUUCAGCGAUAUCUUGACGCCGCUGCAGGGGAUGAACAUUCCGUUCGACAUCGUGAAGGGGACGGGACCGAUCAUCUUCAACCCGGUGCGAGAGAUGGAGGAUAUCAAGGCGAUCACGAAUUUGGAGCCUGAGAAGAGCGUGCCGUUCGUCGGGGAGUCGCUUAAAUUGUUGAGGAGUGAGAUUGGGAACGAGGCCACGCUAUUGGGGUUCUGUGGUGCACCGUUCACGCUGGCUUCGUACAUCGUCGAGGGUGGGACGAGCUCGCAUUACAAGGUGAUCAAAAAGAUGGCGUUUGACGCGCCGGCGGUGUACGAAGCGCUGAUGAAUAAGCUCACGGACGCCGUGAUCGAGUACACGAGAUACCAGGCGGACGCUGGGGCGCAGGUGGUGCAGAUUUUUGAUUCCUGGGCGAGCGAAUUCUCACCAGCGGAUUUCGAAAAGUACUGCCUCCCAUACCUGCAGCGCAUUGUGGCCGAGUGCAAGAAGACACACCCACACGUGCCACUCAUCAUUUACUCCAGCGGUAGCGGCGGAUUCCUGGAGCGAUUGGCUACGACGAACGCCGACGUCCUGAGCUUGGAUGGCACCGUGGACAUGGCAGAUGCUCGACGGAGACUCGGUGCAAACCAAGCGGUGCAGGGGAACAUGGACCCCGUCCACUUGUUCGCGUCGCAAGACUUCAUCACGAAGAAGGUUCAUGAAACGAUCGAAAAGGCCGGUAAGUCCAGACACGUCAUGAAUCUCGGCCACGGAGUCAUGGUGGGAACGCCCGAAGAGAACGUCGCUCACUUCUUCCAGACGGUGCGCGACUACCGCUACUGA